GAGGCUUUCAGUCGGGAGGCGGCGGCGGAAGGAGGAGGAGCUCCGGCUGCGCUCUCUCCCGGCAGUGGCUGCGCGUCUCAGCGUUUGUCGGGUCCCCACCCCUUUUAAAUAAGCCGGUCUGGUCACCGCCCUCACAGACUAGUUGGCUCCGGGGAGGCGGCAGCGGCGCGGCGGCGGGGGUGCGGCCGGGGCCGGAGCCCUGCCCCGGGCCCGGCGGCGGGGCGGACGGGCGAGUGGGGCCGAGGCCGCGUCUGCAUGCGCGGCGCAGCCCCGGCAUAGCCCGGGGCUGCCCGUGCCGGCCUCGCCAUUGUUGGGGGAGGGGGCGGUUGCUGAGAACGGCGGAGUCGCAGGGCGAGCCGAGGAGGUGGCGGCCAGAAGCGGAGGCGCCCCAUGGGGAACACGUUGUCCUGUUGCUUGUCGCCCAAUGCCAGCCCCAAGCUGGGCAGGCGCAAGGGGCCGGUGGAGCCAGACUACGAGUCUGAAGUCUGUGAGGCGGCGGCUGGGGACGCGGUGGCAGUAGCUUCCGCGCCGGCUGCCGUGGAACCAGCUGAGUUGGAUUACGGAGCCGGCGAGGGCCACCACCUGCAGCACAUCAGCGACCGGGAGAUGCCCGAAGACUUAGCUUUUGAAUCGAACCCUUCUGACCACCCAAGGGCAAGCACAAUUUUCCUGAGCAAAUCUCAAACAGAUGUGCGAGAAAAGAGGAAGAGCAACCAUUUGAACCAUGUAUCUCCAGGGCAGCUUACUAAAAAGUAUAGCUCAUGCUCAACAAUAUUUCUAGAUGACAGCACAGUCAGCCAGCCUAAUCUUAGAACCACAAUAAAAUGUGUGACCUUAGCAAUAUAUUACCACAUAAAGAACAGAGAUGCAGAUAGAUCCUUGGAUAUUUUUGAUGAGCGAUCACAUCCACUCACACGAGAAAAGGUUCCUGAGGAAUACUUUAAGCAUGAUCCUGAACACAAAUUCAUUUACAGAUUUGUUCGUACUCUUUUCAGUGCUGCACAGUUAACAGCUGAAUGUGCAAUAGUAACUUUGGUUUACUUAGAAAGGCUUUUAACUUAUGCUGAGAUCGACAUUUGUCCCACUAACUGGAAAAGAAUUGUUUUGGGAGCCAUUCUUCUUGCCUCCAAGGUUUGGGACGAUCAGGCUGUAUGGAAUGUGGACUACUGCCAAAUCCUCAAGGACAUUACAGUUGAGGACAUGAAUGAGAUGGAAAGGCACUUUCUGGAGCUACUUCAGUUUAAUAUUAAUGUUCCUUCCAGUGUUUAUGCCAAAUACUACUUUGACCUUCGCUCCUUAGCAGAUGACAACAACGUGAAUUUUCUGUUUGCUCCUCUUAGCAAAGAAAGAGCACAGAACCUAGAGGCCAUUUCCAGAUUGUGUGAGGACAAAUACAAAGACUUGUGCAGAGCUGCCAUGAGACGGUCUUUCAGCGCUGAUAAUUUCAUUGGUAUUCAGCGCUCCAACGCCAUCCUCUCUUAAGGGAGAAGUGAGGGGUCGUAACAUCAUCAGCCCCUCAUAACAAGGACUGGAGAAAUAUCACCUCUCCUGCUCAGAAACCAGCAAAGUUAGUAUUUUCACCUGAAAGAAAAAUGUUGAAUUCAAAAGACUCAAGGACAGCGAGGAUUAUGCUCCUAGGAAAGAAUGCAAUGCAUCCCUGUCAAUGCAACACACACUUCUGUCCUUUUUAAUAUAAACAGAGUUACAAAAACCACUCCAAAGCUAAAAGCUCCCAACCAACACACAGGCAUUUGCUUACUGUGUAGGCUGAUAGCUGUGAACUAUGUGGUUUUUUAAUAGUUUAAAUUUUUAGAUUUUAAAAGACACUAACUAUAUAACUUCUAUGUUUUUCCUAUUUUUCUUGCCCCCCUCCCCUAUAUUGCUGCAUAUUCCUUUAGAAUCAAUGCAGUAUUACCAUUGAAACAUGGGACUCCUAACAACUCAUAAAGCCACUUAGAAACAGACUGUUGUAGCAUUGUUAGGUUUUGAAAGAUUAUUCCUCCCUACUGUAUCACUGAAGCUGCUAGUCAUUAUUGGCAAUCAGUUUAAACCAAAAAGCUGCUGAAUAACAACGUCAUUGAAAUUCUUUGCAAGCACUACUUAACAUAUAUUAGCCUGUUGGGAAUCAUAAACAGAGAAAGUAUGUUAUUACCUACUUCUACUGGGUCCGUGCUGCAUUUCUUGUGAACUUAUAAUGGUGCUUCUGAUUUUCUGAUGAUUUUUCUCUCUGUUAAAUACGUGUAUUAAAGGGUACAGUACUUAUAUUAUCUUCCAUAAUUCCAACCAACAUGGUGGUCCAGUAGUUAACAAGCGGGUAGUGAAAUAGAAGGUGUCCCCAAAGUCUUAGUGCAAUCUUAAGCUUUAAUAUAGUGUGCUUAGACACUCCAGGAUUUUUCUGAUGAUUUUUCUCUCUGUUAAAUACUUGUAUUAAAGGGUACAGUACUUAUAUUAUCUUCCAUAAUUCCAACCAACAUGGUGGUCCAGUAGUUAACAAGCGGGUAGUGAAAUAGAAGGUGUCCCAAAAGUCUUAGUGCAAUCUUAAGCUUUAAUAUAGUGUGCUUAGACACUCCAGGACACUGCUGCAUUAGUAUAAAUGCUACAGACUGGCAAAACAUCACUUGAUAGUUUACUUUUCAACUUAAUUUUGUAAGUUUUAUUUUUUUGCCAUUUUCUUGGGCAGCUCCCGCACAUAUGGGGAGGUUCCCAGGCUAGGGGGUCUAAUCGGAGCUGUAGCCACCCGCCUACGCCAUAGCCACAGCAACACAGGAUCCAAGCCGUGUCUGCAGCCUACACCACAGCUCACGGGAUCCCUAACCCACUGAGCAAGGUCAGGGAUCGAACCGCAACCCCAUGGUUCCUAGUCAGAUUUGUUAACCAAUGAGCCAUGACGGGAACUCCCAGUUUUGUAAAUUUUAAGCAUUAAGCUUUUAAUUUUAAUUUUUUGUUUCAGCCCCUGGCUGAAUUUUAAUGUUUAAAAUUUACAAAACUGGAGUUGCCGUUGUGUCUCAGUGGUUAACGAAUCCGACUAGGAACCAUGGGGUUGCGGGUUCGAUCCCUGGCCUUGCUCAGUGGGGAUUUGGCGUUGCCGUGAGCUGUGGUGUGGGUCGCAGACACGGUUUGGAUCCCACGUUGCUGUGGCAGCUACAGCUCCAAUGAGACCCCUAGCCUGGGAACCUCCCUAUGCCGCGGGAACGACCCAAGAAAUGGCAAAAAGACAAAAAAAAAAAAAAAAAAAAUUUACAAAACUAAAUGAGUUUAGAAGAAAUUUAACUUUCAAAUGAUGUUUUGUAAGUGUGUAGCAUUUAUACUCCUACAAAUAUCAAAGCUUAAAAUUGUGCUAAGACUUCAAGGGAUACCUUAUAUCUUUAUAGACCUGCCCUCCUCUUUUAAAAACAGUUCUUGGCAGGGCUGGGCUGUUUACCUGCUUUGGUCACCUAAGUUUCAUUUUUCUAGAUUGGAUAAAGGAAUUAUGAAGAACAGUGUUAACAAAUUGAAAGGAAUUGGACCCUGAUAGUAGUAGUGAUAUGAAAAUAAGGAACAUGAAACAGCUUUUCUAUCCUAUGUAUUUAACCUGGUUGUAGGCAUCUCAUUUCAAGUUCUGCCAUUGGAGAGGAAACAUAGAAAUCUUAAGAACCCUUAUUUACCUCAGACUUUAAAAGGCAGGGAGGGCUAAAAAAAUCUUUAAAAAUUAAAAAAAAAAAAAAAAAAAAAAAAGGCAGGGAG